AUGCCCGACGGCCAAAUCCCCUCUCCGAACGGACCGGGCGUAGCCGGCGACGGGAAGGCCGUCUACAGCGUCGUCGUUCUGGACUUCGGCUCCCAGUACACGCAGCUGAUCGCGCGCCGAGUGCGGGAGAUCGGUGUCCAUUCGACGCUGCUUCCGGGCGACGCAACGGCGGAUCGCAUUUUCAGCGCGGGCGCAGGCGCGGUGAUCUUGUCCGGCGGGCCGCAGUCGGUGACGCAAGCCGGCGCUCCACGUUGCCCACCCGGCUUUCUCGAUCGCUGCGCGGCGUCCGGCGUGCCCGUGCUGGGCGUGUGCUACGGCAUGCAGCUGAUGGUGGACGAGAUGGGCGGGGAGGUGCGCCCUGCGUGCGAGGGGGGGGCGGAGUACGGGCGCAUGGAGGUGGAGGCGUCCGAGGAGGCGGUGCUGUUCGCCGGGGAGGGCUGCAGCGGGAGGCAGACGGUUUGGAUGAGCCACGGGGACGAGGUCGUGAGAUUGCCGAAGGGAUUUGCGCCGGUGGGAACCAGCGACCAGGGCGUCAUCGUAGCGAUGGAGGAUUCAAAGAGGCGGUUGUUCGGCUUGCAGUACCACCCAGAAGUUAUGCAUUCUGAAAAGGGCGAGGCCACACUCAAGCAUUUCUUGAUGGGGAUCUGUGGGCUGAAGCCCAACUGGAGUAUGCAAAAUGUGCUGGAAAACAAGCUGAGGCAGAUCGAUAUGCAGGUGGGCCCAGAUGCUCAUGCCAUCUGUGCCCUUUCUGGUGGUGUCGACAGUGCUGUGGCUGCUGUUCUUGUUCACAAAGUCCUUGGGAAAAGGCUGCACUGUGUAUUUGUGGACCAUGGACUUCUCAGAUACAAGGAGCGGGAGCGUGUCUGUGAGAUGUUCAGCAAGCACCUCCACCUCAGCGUGACCACCAUGGACCGCUCCAAAGAGAUGCUUGCCAGGCUGGCAGGAGUCAAGGACCCCGAGGCCAAGAGAAAGGCCAUUGGCGCUGAGUUCAUCAAGGCCUUUCAAGACUUCAGGGAUGAUCUUGAGCAGCGGCAAGGCAUCAAGCCAGAGUUCCUUACACAGGGCACUCUGUACCCUGAUGUCAUCGAAUCCUGUCCACCACCUGGAACAGAACGCACCCACAGCCACACGAUCAAGUCUCAUCACAAUGUGGGGGGCUUGCCUGAAGACCUGCAGUUUCAGUUGAUCGAGCCGCUGAAGGAACUGUUCAAGGAUGAAGUGCGGCAGCUUGGGAGGUUGCUGGGGGUGCCCGAGGAAUUCAUUAGACGGCACCCUUUCCCGGGUCCCGGGCUAGCUGUCCGCAUCCUGGGUGACGUCACUAUCGAAAACCGGCUGGAUGAGCUCAGAGAAGGGGACCAACGGACACAUUCGCACGUGAUCGCCCUUCGUGCGGUCACCAGCAUGGACGGCAUGACGGCGGACUGGUACCCCUUCGAGCCCAAGUUCCUGCAGACCGUGUCCAGCAGAAUAUGCAACAAAGUCCGCGGCGUCAACCGUGUGGUGUACGACGUUACCAGCAAGCCUCCUGGCACGAUUGAAUGGGAAUAA